CUUGGCGAGUGCGCCGGACCCCCUUUAUAGGGGGGAGCGAGCAAAGGGACCCCCUCAUGCAUAUGCAUGAGGGGCGGGGCGAGCCGCCUUCCCUCUCCGCGCGCCGCGCUGGCGUCACUGGGCGAGGCUUCCCUCUUGGAAGCGCUGGCGGGAAAGCGCGGCGCCCGCUCCGGGGCGAUGGCGGAGGCGGACGCGGACCCGGACCCGGACGCGGACCGGGGCUCGGAGGCGGGCAGCGAGGAGGUGCUGUUGACCCCGGCCCAGCUCAUCCGAAGCCUGGAGCAGGCCUGGAUGAAUGAGAAGUUUUCCCCUGAGCUGCUGGAAAGCAAAUCGGAGAUCGUCGAGUGUGUCAUUGAGCAGUUGGAGCACAUGGAGGACAAUCUGAAGCGGGCCAAGAAAGGGGACCUGAAGGUCAGCAUCCACCGCAUGGAGGUCGAGAGGAUCCGUUACGUCCUCAGCAGCUACUUGCGCUGCCGGCUCCAGAAGAUAGAGAAAUAUUUUCCUCACGUCCUAGAGAAGGAGAAGACUCGCGCAGAGGGGGAGCCAUCCAUCCUGUCUCCAGAAGAAUUUGCCUUUGCCAAAGAGUACAUGGCGAACACAGAGACCCAUCUGAGCAAUAUGGCUUUGAAGCACAUGCCUCCUAACCUGCAAAAGGUGGAUCUCCUAAAGGCUGUUCCCAGACCGAACCUGGACUCCUUCGUGUUCCUGCGAGUGAAGGAGAGGCAAGAGAAUAUCCUGGUGGAGCCGGAAGCAGAUGAGCAGAGGGAAUACACGAUCGACCUGGAGGAGGAUUCGCAGCAUCUGAUGCGGUACAAAACCAUCGCUCCCUUGGUAGCUUCAGGGGCAGUGCAGCUCAUCUAGGCCAUGCGGUGGAGCUUCCUGCAGUUUCUUCUCUUUGCAAAUGCCAAAUGGCCAGACCUUUCCUACCUCCCUGGAGGGAAUCGGCCUCCCUGUCUAGCUUGGGAGUUCAGUGCCACGUCCCUGCUGUGCCAGCAGCUGGAUUCCGCCUCACGGUUGCCAGAGUGGCAGCAUUUACCCUGGCUGGCAGAACUGAAGGGGGGCCCUGGCAUCGGAGAAGGGCUUUUAGGAGGGGAGAGCCUGGCCCUGCCCCACCUGCCCGUUCACCUGCAGCUUGCCCAGGAGAUGGUACAGAGCCGUUUCUGGGCGUGGCCUCCAAGCUCUGACAUGCUGGAACUGGAAUUCCUUUGCACACCUGUAAUGCUGACUUCCUGCCCCUCCAGGGCUGUGGGGUGGCUCCCCCAGCCAGCAGUGUGUGUGUGUUCCGUGGGUACAAGAAUUCAUCCAGGAUAUCUGACAACAGUGAACCCCCCUGCACCUUUUCCACAAAUGUUGUAAACCCCUUUUGUCCUCUUUGGGGACAAGGGUUUGCCCUUGUCCACACCAGGCCUUAACCCGGUUUCACAUGGGUUUCAGUCUGUUCAGAAAGGCUUGAAGGGUGCCAGGACAUGGAAGCCCAUCAUCCUUUGCCGAGGAACUUCAGUGCCGCAGAAGUUGGAGCAUCGGGACAACCAGGGUGAGGCCCCUGGAAGACUUUCAGAUCUGCAGGAAACGCCAGCCGCUGCUUGCAGGGGGAAGGGAUUGUGGCGGCGUGGAGAGGAAUUAAAGGGCAGCCCUGUGUUGUGCGA